AUGCCUGCAAAGUACAAAAUUGUUAUGAUUCGCCAUGGGGAGAGUGAAUGGAACCAAAAAAAUCUUUUUUGUGGCUGGUACGAUGCUGACCUCAGUGACAAGGGUCGCGAAGAAGCCGUCUCUGCCGGUAAGGCUUUAAAAGCCGAAGGUUACCAAUUUGAUGUUGCCCAUACGUCAGUUCUAAAACGCGCACAAAUAACUUUGAAUAGUGUACUUCAGGAAUUAGGUCAGACCGACAUCCCAAUUAAUAAAACCUGGCGCCUGAAUGAAAGGCACUAUGGUGGACUUACCGGCCUCAACAAAGCUGAAACAGCAGCUAAAUAUGGUGAAGCACAGGUGCAAAUUUGGCGUCGUAGUUUUGACAUUCCUCCGCCCGCAAUGGAGAAAGAUCAUCCAUAUUAUGACAACAUUGUCAAUGAUCCACGCUAUGCUGGCGACCCAAAGCCUGAGGAAUUUCCCAUGUUUGAGAGCUUAAAACUGACUAUUGAGAGGACUCUGCCUUAUUGGAAUAAUGUUAUUGUUCCUCAGAUUAAGGAGGGAAAGAAAAUUAUCAUUGCUGCUCACGGCAACAGUCUUAGAGGCAUUGUUAAGCAUUUAGAUGAACUUUCCGAUGCUGCCAUUAUGGAAUUGAACCUACCUACUGGCAUUCCAUUUGUCUAUGAAUUGGAUGAAAACAUGAAACCAGUGGACUCAAUGGUCUUCCUCGGUGAUGAGGAAACUGUGAAAAAAGCUAUGGCUGCUGUUGCAGCUCAAGGAAAAGCGAAG